CCCGCGAUCCCGUCUCUUCUCCUUCUCCGGGGACCGGGGCUUUCCUCUUCCCAGGCCCAACCCUAUGAAGGUUAACACCCCUUCUCCUUGCCCCUUCAGCCCGCCUCUCGGUUGCCCAGCGUAACCGCUACUCAGUCACUGUCACUAGUUGGCUCCCGAGCUGGGUCGAGACACAAAGAAGACUGUGAGGCACUUCGCCCCGCCCCCCGUCCUUCCUCUUCGAGCCCAUUCGACUCUAUGCUCAUUCCCAGCCCAGAGCGUCGCGGAAGUCUCUCUAGCCGCGCGGCGUCUCUGUCGUAGGGUGGGCGGAUCUAGAAGAAAGAUGGCGACCCCCGUAGCUGUGUCAGAGCCACAGGCUUCGGGCGGUCCUCGGCCCACAGUGUGUCUGUUGGUGUUGGGAAUGGCGGGAUCUGGAAAAACCACUUUCGUACAGAGGCUCACUGGACACCUGCAUAGCCAAGGCUCUCCACCUUAUGUGAUCAACCUGGACCCAGCUGUGCAUGAAGUUCCUUUUCCUGCCAAUAUUGACAUUCGUGACACUGUGAAAUAUAAAGAAGUCAUGAAACAAUAUGGACUUGGGCCCAAUGGUGGUAUAGUGACCUCACUCAAUCUCUUUGCUACCAGAUUUGAUCAGGUGAUGAAAUUUAUCGAAAAGGCCCAGAACAUGUCCAAAUAUGUCUUGAUCGACACACCUGGACAGAUUGAGGUAUUUACCUGGUCAGCUUCUGGGACGAUCAUCACUGAGGCCCUGGCAUCCUCGUUUCCAACAGUUGUCAUCUAUGUAAUGGACACAUCGCGAAGUACCAACCCAGUGACCUUCAUGUCUAAUAUGCUCUAUGCGUGCAGCAUCUUGUAUAAAACCAAGCUGCCUUUCAUUGUGGUCAUGAAUAAAACUGACAUCAUUGAUCACAGCUUUGCAGUGGAAUGGAUGCAGGAUUUUGAGGCCUUCCAAGAUGCCUUGAAUCAAGAGACUACAUAUGUCAGUAACCUGACUCGUUCCAUGAGCCUGGUGUUAGAUGAGUUUUAUAGCUCACUCAGGGUGGUGGGUGUCUCUGCUGUUCUCGGUACAGGCUUAGAUGAACUCUUUGUGCAAGUUACCAGUGCUGCAGAAGAAUAUGAAAGGGAGUAUCGUCCUGAAUAUGAACGCCUGAAGAAAUCUGUGGCCAGUGCACAGAGCCAGCAGCAGAAAGAACAACUGGAACGCCUUCGGAAAGACAUGGGUUCUGUGGCGUUGGACACAGGGACUGCCACAGACAGCUCAUCUCCUGUGCUGGACCCUUCGGACUUAAUCCUGACCCGAGGAACCUUGGAUGAAGAGGAUGAGGAAGCAGACAGUGAUACUGAUGAUAUUGACCACAGAGUUACAGAGGAAAGCCACGAAGAGCCAGCGUUCCGGAAUUUUAUGCAAGAAUCAAUGACACAGUACUGGAAGAGGAGCAACAAAUAGGGGAGAGACUUGAAGAAAUGUCAGUUG